AUGUCAGCGACAACAGAAGUGUGUACAAAUGAUCCUGCGGAAACCAUUAAACGCGCAACGGAAACUACUAACAAUGGUUCUGCAGCCAAAGACGCACCUAAUGCUGGGGGUCUAGUCCCCGAAUGGCUGAAAGCGGAACUAUUUGUAGAUCUGCUGCAGAAAAACGUACCAAAUUUUAAGAGCAUUAAAAAUUUCACGCCAAUAUAUAUGGAAUGUGUUCGUACGUAUGAGGGCCAUGAAGAGUACUACGAUAGUUUGCAACGAAGCCAUGAGCGUUUUGCCGAUGAAUUGCGUCCGCUGCUGACAAUCGAUCCAAAUGAGUUCAAUGUUUUAAAUCAUGGUGACUUUUGGAUCAACAAUGUUAUGUUCCAAUAUGAUGACGCGGGUAAACUUAAGGAAACUUACUUCGUUGACUUUCAGAUGACGCGUUAUGGUCCACCGAUAAAUGAUCUAUAUAGUUUCCUGCUAUUGUCACCGAGCCUGGAUAUGAAACUAAAGCAUUUCGAUUACUUUAUUAAAUACUAUCAUGAUAAUUUGAUUGAGUACUUGAAAUUACUGAAAUAUUCCAAAAAAUUACCCACCCUGAAAGAAAUCCAUCUAGCCAUGCUCAAAUAUGGCAGUUUCGGUGUGAACACAGUUAUUACUCUAUUGCCCCUCGUGCUGCUCGAGGCAAAUGAGACAGCUAGUAUAGCCAAUAUAAUCGGCGAUUCAGAAGAGAGCAGAGCGCUUAAAAAGGCGAUGUAUACAAAUUCACGUUAUCGGGAACACGUUGAGGUCCUGUUUCCUUGGCUUUAUCAUCCAUGCGUCUACAUUUCCAUAAUUGCUUAG